AGCUCGCAGUACAAAACCCGUCCGCUCUUUUGCUCCUCUACAGAUUCCCCAUCCUCCUCCAGACUCUAUUUGCCAGGCCGCUCGCCCCACGCCCCACAAAUUUAUAUUCACCCCGCCUACAAUGCGUUUCCUUACCGCCGUUCUUGCCUCCUUGUCCAUUGUUAGCGUGGUCUAUGCCGACCCGAACCCCAACGAGCCCGGCCCCGGCGAUGUAUUCAUCCAAGGCCAGACCUGCAAGGUUGGCUGGGCUGCCGACACCACCGGCCAGUGGAAGCAGAUGACUAUUGAGCUCAAGACGGGCGACAACUUCAACAUGGUGUCUUUGAUGAGUGUGGCCACCGUCGACGGCACUGACCCGACCAAGACGACAUUCGAGUACCCCUGCCCUACCGUGUCUCCUCACUCGCCCAUCUACUUCUACCAAUUCUCGCAGCAAGGCUCCGCCAACAACUACUGGACUGGUCGCUUCACGAUCACCGACAACGCAAAGGACGUCGUGCCGCCCACUCAGAGCACGCAGCCCAACGGCGAGCAGAUCCCCUGGGGCACCGGCUCGAUCGUCGGCGGCGCAUCGAGCGGCUCGUCUACCGUCUCUCAGCAGUCCACCACGGGUCUCACCUCGUCCGGCUCGAGCGCUGGCGCCCCUCCGCCGACUGUUUCGGUCUCCUCCGGCACCUCCGCGCCCGCGCCCAGCUCUGGCUCUGGCACGUCUGGCAGCGGAACUGGCUCCAGUGGCUCCAGCUCAGGUAGCCCCACCCCUGCUACCAGUUCCCCUGCCAUCACAACCUCUAACUCUGUUGUAGUCCUCACGUCGACCGCGGCCGACUCUGGCUCGUCCUCGCCCACCGCGUCGCCCUCGGGCAACUCGAACGGCGCCGCCUCUGGUGUCUCCACGCAAGGCUUCCUCGGCCGCAUCGCCGUCGCACUCGGCGCUGCUGCGCUCGUCUCGCUCCUCUAAGCGGUCCUAUCGCCCGGACACCUCGCCGUCGGCCCAAUCGACGAAUCGACGGCAAGAAAAUAGCCUUCAGGCAUGUUGGGCAUCACUUACUACUACUACCUCAGACCAUUCUUUCACUGCGUAACCUGGCUAUGCUAAUUUAUCACUAUACCCCAUCCCACCCCCACACAUCUACCCACCUAUCAUUAUUCCUAACGUCCUCCUUUCAUCGCCAUCUGAGUUCGUACAGUAGUUCUGGAGAGGGGGGCGACACAUCGUUGUUCCGAGGAUGACGAGACAUGACCUUUCACGAAUGUAGAUACCUUAUGCGUAUUACCUCUGUGUCAUUGUUCGGUUUCCCCUGCACUAUCGAGUCGGUUUACCUUGGGUUUACCCUUUCUUUUUCUGCUUCUUCACUGGACUAUAUGUGUGAUUGUUUUAUCUGUUGAUACACGAAUGUGUACACCUUUGGGUUGUGUUUAUUAUUU